AUGGGGAGCAAGGCCCGACCCGUACCCGAUUCCAGAGCUCAGGCCUUCCUCAAAUCCUCCGAGUCCUUCCUCGACAAGCAGAACUACGAAGAGUGCCGUAAACAUGCUCUUCGAGCUCAGGAAUCCGACCCGGACCACCCGGGCCCCGGCCAGCUCAUCGCCAUAGCAGAUGUGAUAUCCGCCUUCUCCGCCACCAUCAGCAGCGGCGCCGGCGAGGGAUCGAAUAAGAAAUCCGAUUACUACGCGAUCCUCGGCGUUCCUCGCUUCACCGCCGAUCGUCAGCUCAUCAAAUCCAAUUACGAGAAGCUCGCCCUCCUCUUAAACCCUAACGAGAAUCCGUACGAUUUGUCCAAGCAGGCCUACGGCCUCGUCACCAAGGCUUGGCGGGUGCUCUCGGACCCGGACCGGAAAUCCCAGUACGACCAAGAGCUGGAUAUAAAGCUCAACGGUGGGAACGGGUCGGAAUUUCGAACCUUCUGGACGGUGUGUACUUACUGCUAUUAUUUAUAUGAGUAUCCUGAGGAGUACGAAAAGUAUUGCAUCAAGUGUCAGAAUGCCAAGUGUGGAAGAGCUUUUAAUCCGGCGGUCUGCCAGCCGCCGCCGCCGGAAGUGCUUGAUAAGGGCGAGUAUGAUUGCUUAGAGGUUAUGUCGUUUGAGGGUAUAAUAUUCACAAAUGGUGAUUAUGGAAAAGCUCAGAGAAUUGAUUCCAAUGAUGGGAAGUUCGUGGGAAUGAAGAAACAAAAAAUGGCAGCCAAGAGCUCAAAGAAGUUGAUGGGGAAGGGGGUGAGAGUUAAGUUACCAAAAUCUUCAAUGAUAAAAUUCGGAAAGGCAAACAAGCUCUUCGUGUUUGUCCAAUGA